AUGCCCCAGAGUCGGACUCGUCGAUCCUGCCCGGAUCCCAAAGCCAAAACUAUCAUCGCCACAGACGAAGUGGCCGCUCUUCCUGAGACCAAAAGCCAGGACAAGAGGAAGAGAAGAAGAUUGUCUUCAAGGGGAGUUUCUGCGUUUGCCGAGAAACGCAACCAACCUGAGGCUCGCUUCGAAAAGAGGGCCCGCUACAAGACUCGAGAAGACAAGUAUAUCCAGAAACUCGACGUGGGUCCCAAGAGAAGUGACGUGCGGAAGCAGGCCGUGGAGAACGACAGGAGAGAAAAGGUCACCAUCAACGAUCGGCUUUCGCGUCGCCAGUCGUCAAACAUUGGAAAUUUCAGAGCAGGAGGUAACGAGGGGUUCUCGCAAGCCAGAAAUCAUGAAUCCGAUAUCGUUGUCUCUGGGUCCCCGGUCAUCAAUGGGGGAAGGAAGCCAUCGGCCCCGAGAGGCAAAACCCACAAGAUACUUCCUGGUGAAUAA